AGCGCCGUGCAGCUCGACGUAGCAGUUCAGUGCGCGUACAAGUCUCGUGGGUAGCGGAUGCCAGCAAAGAUUUGGCAAAACUCGUUCGUUCGAACAUUGAGCAUUUGAGGAACGUUGCGACGCGAGCUUAGCAGAUUCUUAAGUUUCACACCGAAGAUCCAUCACAUCACAUCAGAACCCAACCCAACCCAACCCACUAUACUGCAUACGUUUCUUGAGGUUGAGGGACAAAAGAGACAUUUAAAAAUGGCUGCCGUCAACGCAACGCAAACGGAUUAUUGGAACUUUCUGUUCAUCGAGUUGGCAGAUCCCCGCACCAAUGACUGGUUCCUGAUCAAGUCCCCCCUGCCACUGCUCGUCAUCCUCGGCCUGUACUUGUUCUUCGUGCUGGGUUGGGGCCCGCGCUUCAUGCGCGACCGGAAGCCCUUCAAGCUGGAGCGCACCCUCCUGGUGUACAACUUCUUCCAAGUGGCGCUCAGCGUGUGGAUGGUGUACGAGGGCGUGGUCAUCUGGCAGAACUACAGCUGGCGCUGCCAGCCCGUCGACUGGUCGCGCACACCCAAGGCCUACAGGGAGGCGCGCGUCGUCUAUGUCUACUAUCUGGCCAAGAUCACCGAGCUGCUGGACACGAUCUUCUUUGUGCUGCGCAAAAACGAUCGCCAGGUGACCUUCCUGCACGUCUACCACCACACCGUGAUGCCGAUGAUCAGCUGGGGCACCAGCAAAUACUACCCCGGCGGCCACGGCACCUUCAUCGGCAUGAUCAACUCGUUCGUGCACAUCAUCAUGUACUCGUACUACUUCCUGUCCGCCUUCGGUCCCCAGAUGCAGAAGUAUCUGUGGUGGAAGAAGUACAUCACCAACCUGCAAAUGAUCCAGUUCUGCUGCGCCUUCAUCCAUCAGACCCAGCUGCUGUACACGGACUGCGGCUAUCCCCGGUGGUCUGUCUGCUUCACCCUGCCCAAUGCCGUCUUCUUCUACUUCCUGUUCAACGACUUCUACCAGAAGUCCUACAAGAAGAAGCAGGCGGCUGCCAAGGCCAAGGCUCUGCAGGCGGACAACAAUAACGAGAGCUGUGCCAAGGAUCUGAAUAAGGUGGCAGCGAAGGACCUGGAGCUGAUGCAAAAGCAGAAGGCCUUGUAGGCCCAGCGUAGAUGUUAUACCAAUCCCAUCCCUCCCCCCCUUUCAAUACUCAUACAAAGCGGGGCACACACUGAGAGCUGAGCUGAGAUCCCAUGUUCUAUGUGCAACUUUGUUGACUAAUUUCUUAAGUAAUCCGCCGCCAAAAACACCAUACACUCGUCUAUUGGAACAAAUGAGGUUUUCAAGAUACAGAUACACAGAUACACAUAUACAUAUACAUGCUACUCGUCGCACGAGUGUGUAUGUAUAUGUACUCGUAAAUGUUCAAACAGUUAAAAUUGCUUUUUGCAGCCGUCGCCAUCAUCGCUCGCCUCGUUUGAUGUCCGCUCGGGCGGACACCAGAUGAAAGAAGUGCUUGUAUGUCUUUCGGUCAAAACUGAACUAAGCUACAAGUAAGUUAGGUAAACGCAAGCCCCACACACACAGAAGAUGUUGGAGGAGAAGUGUUAGUUGUGUAAAUAAAUGUAGGUACGCAUAUGAAUAUGUUUUCUUAAGGUUUUAUAUACGCAUCGGUAUGUAAAGUAGUUAUAAACCAAGACAAAAAGAUAUUUACGUAUAGCUAAAAC